AUGUACCACACUAGGUCUAAAGUUUCUGAAAGUAUAGUUGGUGACGUCAUUCAAACAACUUUGGACUUAGAAAGUGACUGUUACUUUCCUCUAACCAUCAGAAUAGCAAAUAACGCUCAAUGUUAUUCCGGCUAUUAUAAAACUUAUUGCACUGAAGCGAAAUUCCAAGGAAACCCGUGGGACUCGGAGAACCUACUGAACCCUCCCGUUAACUCAAACUUAACAGCACAAGAUGUUGCAUACGUUCGCUUGGAAUGUCAUUAUGACUGUCGGUUACCAAGCCAUCCUGAAUUUUUUCAUCUAAGUCCCUUAGUAGGAAGGAGGAUACCAACAAUACAGGGCAAAGUUAUUACGUGUCCUCAUCGCAAAGUACACAUCUCCGAGAGGGAAAAUUGCAGAUCUUUGUACGAUGUGCAACGCAACGCAUCAAAAUGUGUCGAUGGGCAAUGCCACAAUUCCAAUAAUUCUGUUAACACGACUAGUGCUUCUGGACUUGAGCCUUCGUUGCAAAACGUCGCCAAUCCCACACCAGACUGUUAUCUUGAGGAGAGCAGUCAUACUAUAAUUUGCAAUAGAAACCCUUAUUUGUCUUGCGAAAAUGUUGUUGCCUUGAAACAGACCGAAUUCGCCGUGUUCGACAACGGAAGCAUUUACGACCACGUGACUGAUGACUACCUCACAGAUGACGAAUACGUUUACAUUAAUGGAACUCUCUUUCGAUGCAACGUUUUCGUACAGAAUUACACCACAUUUCAUAGGGUGUGGAACUACGAAACGCUGCCUAUUCUUCUGUCUGCUGUUGCAUGCGCUAUCACCAGUCUGUGCUGCUUCAUCAUCUUUGUGACGUACUGUUUGUUCUCUGAGCUACGAACUUUGCCAGGAAUAUGUACCAUGUGUUAUGUCUUUUCUCUUGGUGUUACAUUUCUGCUAGUGUUCGGGGAAUUCGAGGCAGUCGAUAUCAUGUGGCUGUGCACAUUACUGGGAUUUCUGCUCCACUACUUUGCUCUCAGCCAUUUUACGUGGUCAUCUGUGAUUGCAAUCAAUCUGUUGAGGUCAUUUGUCAUUGUUUCAAAAACGUCACCACGACCAGUGACAAUAAAUCGAAGAAAAACAAUAAAGCAAAUAGUACUCUACAACAUUAUUGGAUGGGGCAUUCCACUUCUUGUUUGUGUCACGUGUCUUGUGUUGGAUAAAGGCACCAACGUAAACAUUGAUUAUGCUACAGACAAACUCUGUUAUCUGCAAGAAAAAGUGGCUGUCCUAGUUGGCUUUAUCAUGCCUGUCUGCAUCAUAGUACUUUUCAACUUGGUGACGUUUAUUGUUCUGGUGGUGAGCAUCCACAGAACCAUAAAGGCAACCAAAAUGGCCACCUCCAAUAGUCGUGACUCAAACACAAAAAAGAAACUGCGCAUUUAUGCUGGAAUAUUUUCUUUGUUGGGGCUCACAUGGAUAUUGGCAUUGAUGGCGUCAAUAAAAGAUUUAGACGUGUUGUGGUAUCUUUUCUUUGUCAUCACUCUGCUGCAUGGACCAACAUUGCUAGUAAUGUUUGUAUUGAAUAAAAGGACUAGACAUCUCUACAUUUCAAUGUUUGAAAGACUUUCAACCUCCAAAUCAGACGACAGAGAGAAGAAAGAUGGGAACCGACCAAAAAGAAAAGAAGGAAUGGAAGUCUAGGAGUAGUUGUAACAUCAAUGUUUCAAUUCUGUACCAACUUUGCUUUCUUGCUUGUAGUAGUAGUAGAUACUGGAUCACUGAGCCUGCUGUUUUCGUUCUGAUUAUCUGAGAAUUUAAUUAUUUGUAU